GACCCGGCCACCUUCGCCCCUGCCCCCGCGUCGUGACGUCAUCAACUCUCAAGAAAUGUGCCAAAGACGAGAAAAGCUAAUUUUAAACGCUAAUCGGGGCGCCUUAGAUCACGUAACUGCGACCAAUGAAGAAAAUUAACACCAGGUUAAUUUACUCAGUUAAAGUGCGCUUGUCGCGAAAGAAUGUUAACAUAAAAGCAGGUCAGAAAUUAAAACAAUGACGUUUAGAUUGGCUGUCUACGUGCAACUUGUUUUACUUUUCGUCCAGUAUGCAUCAUUACAGUUACAAUACAACUACUACACCGAAAACUACUAUGGCAACUACAACAAUCCGGGUUAUUAUCAAAAUUCAAUGCUAAACUACAGGUACGCAAACCCAACAACCGAAAGUAAUAACGACCUCACUGAAGAAGAGGCACCCGAGCGUUUAUUUUCUGUAGAAAUACAACAAAGCAGGAGACACAGAAAGCGAAACAAAAAGAAAAAGAACAAGUACAAAAAUAAACCGUAUAGCAAAGACAUUAAAGGAUGUGAAAGCGAAUACAAUUCCCCCGAAUGUAAGUCAGGAGACGAAGGAGGAUCAACAGAAUGCAAAGAAUGCACUUGCUCAGAAUGCGGACCUAAUAAUAGUAAUCAAAACUCUUGUUGCCCUAACUAUUGUGAGCAGUGCGUGGCUACUCAGCCUCCUGGAAUAGCCAUCAUGGCUUAUCCAAUUAAUUUCCAAAUACCACUUCCGGUGCCAAUGCCCUACCCCUCAUCAAAACCUGAUGACUGUACAACUGAUCCAUCAACCUCCACAACUGACAAUUCACGCACAACAGAAUCAACACAAACAACAGAUCUCACAACCGCAAAUACAAAAGACAGUACAGUGGAAACAACACAUACAACAGGCGAUUCAAAUGAAACAACACACACAACAGACCAUUCAAAUGAAACAACACAUACAACAGACCAUUGGAGAACAUCUACAAGCACUACGAUAAAAAUUAUCUUUCCUGACAAGUUAAUGGAAUCCACAAGCUUUCCAAUUUUUAAAUCAACUACACCAAGAUCAACUACAACAACAUAUUCUACAACAAUAUCUACAAGAAUAACACCUAUGCCAAUGAACUCGAUGGAACGAAAACGUCAAGCAAUCCGUUUUGAACAAUACCCAUAUCCAAUAAGUCACAGACGACCUUACAGUGACCACUAUCAAGUAUCUUCGAAUAAAAAAGACAAAAUCAGUCCAAUGUACCAUUUCCGACAAAAUACAGAUGAUGACGAGCGUGAUAUUAGAAUGAUAGUGGUCAAAGAUCGACAGCUUUAUGACAGGAUAACAGACCCACCAAAUAGAAUGCUAGUAAGACCCCACCGUAAUUAUGAGGACGAAAUGCAAUCUAGAAAUGAUUUCAGAGCAAGAUAUGACGCGAAGCGAUAUCCACACUUUCCAAGUAGGCGUGACAGUCCACAUAAAAAGCAGAGAUAUGGAAUAUUGCCACUACCCGAUGAAUUAGCCACUAAACUCCUGUUAAAAUUACGUACCAUGAAGGAAUUAAAUACAAAUGACAAAAAUAUUCCACAAAUAAGAAAACUUAAACAGAAAUAG